AUGGCAGAUACUAAAACCUCAUCUCCUCCAAGGACUUCUGCUCCUGAUCUCGAAAUCCUAGGUGAUCAAGUAACAUUACAUCCUAGUGGUUAUAUCGAACCUCCGGAAAGACCUCACGAUGGCGAGAAAGAAAGGAACCUGGUGGAGCAUAUGGCCAGAUUCAGGUCAAGUCCUUUGGAGUUUUUAAGAGAGGUUUCUUUGCAUGUUUCAGGAACAGGAUGGCGUGCCUACGAUCAUUUCAUCGGACAACCUAUAUUCUACCCUGGAUUCUCGGAAAAUAUGACAGCUGCCGUUAUGUCUACGCCUAUCUUACAAAAACGAAUAACUGAAUUGGCGGAGAAAAGGAUAGAGAUUGAGGAGCUGGAAGGAUUAUUGAAUAGAGAUGACCCAUUAUACCAUACGAAAAGAUCACAGAGGAAGUCGGCCAUUGAACAUAGUUUGCAAGAGCUUUCGGAAAAGUUGACAAGUGAUAUGAUUUGCAAGAUGGAGAGUAGGCCAUUCAUUAGAGGAGCCUAUUACCUGUGCACUCAACUCUUAACCAGAGCAUAUCAUCAAGGCGCUAUGUGGAUAAGAAGAAGUUUUGGGGAUGAUGCAUUGUAUACAACUCUUGUACAAUCGUAUAUAGAUACUCUUCUCCAAGGCGGUUACAAUUUUGAGUGCUUCAUCGAAGGUGGAAGAUCAAGAACUGGAAAGUUAUUACCACCCAAGUUUGGUAUUUUGAGUUUUAUCUUGGAUAGUAUCCUUUCCGGUCGAGUUAAAGAUACUAUCAUUUGUCCUGUCAGCACUCAGUAUGAUAAGGUCAUCGAAACCGAAGGUUAUGUUGGGGAAUUGCUUGGAAUUCCAAAGAAAAAGGAGAAUUUAGCAGACUUUCUCUCAGCGUCAUCAGUUUUAUCUUUAAAGUUAGGUCGCGUGGAUGUUCGAUUCCAUGAACCUUGGAGUCUACGAGAUUUUAUCUUACAACAACAAGCUCGAUCGUCAGGGGUGCCAAAAACGCUUGACUUUGAGAGUAUUAAUGUGCCUAGUGUUCGACAAAAGUUACUGAGAACGUUGGGUUACAAGGUUCUAUCUGAUAUCAACGCAGUCUCAGUUGUCAUGCCUACUGCGUUGGUCGGAACAGUUCUAUUAACUUUGAGAGGCCGCGGUGUUGGUAAAUCAGAACUUAUACGCCGAGUCGAAUGGAUUAGUGAACGAGUUAGAAAUAAGGGAGGGCGCGUAGCUCAUUUUGCUGGCGCUACUACAUCUGCCGUGGUUGAGCGAGCUCUUGAGGUUCUUGGUAAGGAUCUUGUAGGGAGGGUGGAUGGCUUGGCGGAAGAAACAUACUAUGCCGUUGACCGAUUCCAAUUGUCUUUCUAUCGAAACAUGACAAUACAUCUAUUCAUAUCUGAAGCACUAGUUAGUGCCAGUAUGUAUAUGAAUGUAAAACGUGGCGGAGGAAAAGUUCAUCAAAAUAUAUCAUACGAAGAACUUCGAAACCAGGUUCAAUUCCUCUCACAACUCUUCCGAGGUGAAUUCAUCUAUCCGACAGAAGGAUUAGCCGUUAAUCUGGACAACACUCUACACGAUCUGGAAGUAGAUAAUAUCAUUGAACUCGACCGAGAUCCAGAAGGGAAGAUUUUGAAUAUUGGUAUAUCUGACCACGAACGUUCUGUUGGACGUGAGAAUUACGAUUUUUACUGUUUCUUGAUUUGGCCAUUCAUCGAAGCAUUUUGGCUUGGUGCUGUUUCUCUCAUGGGCUUUACACCACCUCCAAACAAGCCAGAUGAUGUUUGGCUGGAGGUCAAGAAAGCUCAUGAUGGGUCUCAACUACUUGGCAAAACUCUUUAUCACCAAGGUGAUUUAUCCUACUUUGAAGCCGUCAAUAAGGAAACACUUAAGAAUGCAUAUCAACGAUUCGAAGAUGAAGGUAUUGUAAUAGUAUCUAAGAGUAAAAUCACCAAGGUCCAGCCACGAGCUCGACUUGCCCCAGAAUGGACACCAAACCGAAGCCCAGAGACUGGUAUGAUUAUGGCAGAAGGGAAGUUAUGGGAUUUUAUUGAAAAGAUUGCAAAGUCAAGGAGAGAAGGAAAGAAUAGGCGAGAUGGAGCAACUGUAUCAACAAGAGUUUUAAGACUUGCAGAUGAAUUGGGUCAGAGGCUAUUUGCCGAAGGAUCGGGGAUGAUAGGGAUGUCGGAGGAGGAUAAGAAAGAAUUACUAAGGAGGGAGAAGAGAAGACAGUCUUUGACAGCUAGAGCACAUUUGUGA